CACUUCCGCCGAUUACCAACACUGUUUAACUUGUUUGUUGUCGAAAAUGAGUAGAAAAUAAUAGAUUAGUAAAUCAAUAGCCAAAAAUAAUGCCAGAAAAUGCGUCCAGUUCUGUGCCCACAGAGGCCGGCUUUCGGAGCAUGCACUGCCAAUUGGGGGGCAGCACCUUUGGCCAGCGCCGCGAGGACAUCUUUCGUCGCCUCCAGGAAAGUGCGCAUCAGAUCUCGCAAACCUACAGUGGAAGCGAGCUUGCCACGGACCGCGAUGAGUCGGUCCAGGAACUGUGCGAUUCUCUCGAGGAGCUGCUGUCUUACGGAUUGAGGCAAUCAAGCAGUGCCACCUCGUUUAGUGCCGCCGGUUUCAUCCAGAACAUGCAAGAGAUUGUGUCCGGAAAUGCGGGCGGAACCAGCAACAACAAUGAAGCCACUUUCUGGGAGUUUUGCCAGACGAACUUGACGCCCCACGAACGCCAGCGGUACUUGGACCUCAAGCAGAUCUGGACCAAUGUGGGCAGAGGACGUGCCUUCAUUCGUUCCACGCUGAAUGAGAGGCGACUACAUAGCCAUGUACUUACUUGGCUGAGCGACGAGAACAAACUACAUCGCUUCUACACACCCUGGUCGUUGCUGUUAAACGAUGAGGCGGCCAAGAAGUUGCCAGAGAUCAUCGACUCCCUCAGGGAUGUUUUGUUCGCCCUCAAUGUGGACACUACGGAACUGAAUGCGCCCAGGAGAUCGGCGCCAACUGUUCCCGUCAGAGAGGAACCUAUUAUAUAUGCCCCCGAACCAGUGCCUGUGACGGCGCGCCAAAAAAAACAACCUGGCAAAGCCGUGGAGAGACCCAUUGAGGGCGCCAGCUCCACAGAGGAUUUACUGGCUGUCCUGAAACCCUUAAAUUCAAUGAACGUGCAGCAACUGGUCUCCGAGGGAAUUGUCGAACAGGUGUUGGACAAGCCAGUGGAUGAAGGCAGUGUGGGUCCCUUCGAUCCCAUUGGACCUGAGCUGGAGUUCCUUAAGACGCCCUUGCCCGAGAUUUAUCCACCAGCUCCUGCAGACCCAGAUAUGUUUGAAGACCGCAGUGAUACGUCUUCGCAAUGGAGCAAGUCCUCCUCAUCUGCGAAUUGCGUGUCCAACAACCAGCAACAGGCAGCGCUAGAGGAGCAGGUUAAUCAACUAAGCGAAAGAUGCGCUCUCCUUGAAACUCGCGUGGCGGAGCUGAAUCUGCAGAACCGCCUGCUCAUCCGAAGGCUUACCAAACAGUUUGAGGAGACAGGCAUAGACCCCAGCUCAUCACUUUGCUCCAACUUCCUGAUAACCAUUCCGCAAGUAAAACUGACCAAGACGCAAAGAUCCAGUUCCCACUACACCUACGAGGUUCAUAUCACGAUGAGACAGCGUUUGGAGCACUGGACGUUUUUUAGACGGUACAGCGAGUUUAACAAGCUGCACAAAACACUGCUGAAGACCCAUCCGGUGGUCAGUGCCGUGGAGUUUCCACCCAAGAAGCAUUUCGGCAACAUGAACCUGGUCUUCGUGGAGGAACGGCGACAACAAUUGCAGAUAUAUCUACUCAAUCUUGUUGAGACCCUGCCGCAAGUGGAGGCCUGCAAGUCCAAAGCGGAGCUUCAAAAGGUUUUUCCCUUUUUUAGGGAUAGGUAGCCACCUUUGAGAAAUAUCAGCCAACUAAACCCAACCAAGGAAGCUCGAAAAGAACAAGUAUUUUUCCUCAUCUUCAUUAUAUUUAUAGAUCUUUACUUAUAUGUGUAAAAUCGGAGUUGGUCAAAGUGCUGUAAUGAUUGAUAUUAAAUAAAGCUAAGUCUUUUUCAUC